AUGGAGAGAGCGCCCGCUUACAAAGCGCGAAUCGACGCCGAAAACGGGGACGAAGAGGAACGAUACGCCGCGGUGGUGCGGCCUGACGCGCCCGCCAAGUACGUCAUACCCAACAAGAGGAAGAACAUGCAGCGGAGAGCACCCUCAUACAAGGAGCGCUACGCCGCGGUGGUGCGGCCCGACGCGCCCGCCAAGUACGUCAUACCCAACAAGAGGAAGAACAUGCAGACCGGCAAACUAGUGAAGCCGAGCACAAACAACGGGGGCAGCCUGCCGCCCGCCCUCAGCAAGCCGCCGCCCAAGGAGGCGCGCGACAAGGACCCCCGCCCGCCCAGGCACCACCUCACGCCGCCCGCCGACGCGCGCGACUCGCCGCGCCGACACGACGACACGCCGCCCAGCAACCCGGCGGGUCCCGGCAGCAACAGCAGCGGCGCCGGCGCCAAAAGCUACGCCGCGCAGGCCGGCGGCUACCACCCGCACCACGCGCAGGCCACGCCUCCCAACAAAGUGAACGGUGAGCCGCGCGGCCCGCCGCAUCCCAGGCAGGGAUUCCCGCCACACCACCACCACAACCCCCCCUUGGCGGGCGAGGCGCACCCGCGGCCGCCGCGCCACCACGCGCCCGAGCCGCGCCGCCAGGACGAGGUGCAGGAGCUUCGCAAAUUCGGUGCGGAAUUCAAACUUGUAUCGUCGCCCGCGCCGCCGCCGCCGCCGCAGUCGCAACCGCAACCGCAGCCGCAGCCGCCGCCGCCAGUGCAGUGCCAGCCGCCCGCGGCGCCGGCGCCGGCGCCCAGCCCGCCCGAGGUGUCUGCGAGCGCCGCCGCGCCGCCGCUGCACAAGCACUACCACCCGCACCCGCCGCACGAGCCCAAGCACCACAAGCCCCCGCCAGCCCCAAAGCCAGAAGAGCCGCUGCCGCCGCCGGAGCGCUCGCCGGAAUCCACGUCGCCGCCGGCCUCCACGUCUCCCGGCGCCGCCGCCGCCACGCUCAAGAAGUCCACCCUCAACCCCAACGCCAAGGAGUUCAACCCCGCCGCCAAGACAUUCACCCCGCGAAGCCCUACCACGCCCAACCCCAGCCGGCCACAUACCCCCGGCACGCCAAUCGGCGGCGUGGGCGUGGGCGGCGUGGGAGUGGGUGUGGGCGUGGGCUUAGGAGGUAUGGGCGUAGUGGGCACGGGCGUCAGUUAUAUGCCCGCGCCGCACCCUCCGCCACAGCAUAUGGUGGCGGCCGUGCCGGCGGUGCCGGCGUACGCGAUGGUGGCGGCGGCGGCGGCGCAGCAACCGCCCGCCUACAUCCCGCACCCGCAUCCUGCCUUGUAUGGAGCCGCGAUGGGCGGCGGCGCAGGCGUAGCCGGGGUAGCGGGGGGCGCGGGGCAACACGCCCCCAUCCCCACACAGCCGCAGAGGAACUUCAGGAAAGUGGGCGUGGGAUCAGGCGUGCAGGUGGCGGCGGCGACGGGGCAGCCGCUGCUGGCGCCGGCGCCCAUGCAGCCCUUCAUGCCGUACUCGCACCCGCACUCCGCGCCGCACCCGCAGCCGCUGCAGUACCAGCACAUGCCUCUCCCAGCAGUGGGCGUGGGGUCGGGCGUGCAGGUGGCGGCGGCGACGGGGCAGCCGCUGCUGGCGCCGGCGCCCAUGCAGCCCUUCAUGCCGUACUCGCACCCGCACUCGGCGCCGCACCCGCAGCCGCUGCAGUACCAGCACAUGGUGGCGGCGGCGACGGGGCAGCCGCUGCUGGCGCCGGCGCCCAUGCAGCCCUUCAUGCCGUACUCGCACCCGCACUCCGCGCCGCACCCGCAGCCGCUGCAGUACCAGCACAUGCCUGUAGAACAGACCCCAAGUUACCCAUCCUCGCACCCGCACUCCGCGCCGCACCCGCAGCCGCUGCAGUACCAGCACAUGGUGAGUCCCCAUAGCAAGACGGACCUGUAG